AUGGCAUUCACGGAACUCCUGGAGCGAGCUGGGGGCGUGGGCCUCUUCCAGACCCUGCAGGUGCUCACUCUCUUCCUCGCCUCUGUCUUCUUACCCCCCCAAAUACUGCUGGACAACUUCUCAGCUGCCACCCCGGGCCACCGCUGCUGGGCCCACAUGCUGGACAAUGGCUCUUUAAUGGCCCCCUUAAACCUCACACCCAAGGCCCUCAUGGUCAUCUCCAUCCCACUGGGCCCCAACCAUAAGCCCCAUCAGUGUCGCCGCUUCCGCCAACCACAGUGGCAUCUCCUGGAGCCCAACGCCACGGCCACCAACUGGAGUGAGGCUGCCACGGAGCUGUGUGUGGAUGGCUGGGUGUAUGACCGCAGUGCCUUCGCCUCCACCAUCGUGGCAGAGUGGGGCCUGGUGUGCGACAAGCAGGGCCUGAAGCCUUUGGGCCAGGCUGUCUUCAUGGCCGGGAACCUGCUGGGGUCCUUGGCCUGGGGCCUCCUCUCCUGCUGGUUUGGGAGGAAGCCGAUGCUGAGCUGGUGCUGCCUGCAGGUGGCCGUGGCCAACACCGGUGCCAUCUUUGCCCCCAAUUUCCUCGUCUAUUGCGUCCUCCGUUUUGUUUGCGCUUUUGGAUUGGCCGGCAUCAUCCUGACCUCAACGGCGCUCAUGGUGGAGUGGACCACGACCCGCAGGCGGGCUGUCACCAUGACGAUCCUGGGCUGUGCCUACUGCACAGGCCAGAUGCUCCUGGGGGGUCUGGCCUUCGCCCUGCGGGACUGGCGCACCCUCCAUCUGGCAGUGUCAACGCCCUUCUUUGCCAUCUUCCUGAUAUCCUGGUGGCUGCCAGAAUCUGCACGAUGGCUAAUUAUUACCGGCAAAGCAGACCAAGCACUUCAGGAACUCAGAAAGGUGGCCAGGAUAAACGGCCACAGGGAGGCCAAAAAGACACUGACCAUGGAGGCGCUGAUGUCCAGCGUGGAGGAGGAGGCGGCCUCUGCGGAGGCGCGCAGGUCACUGCUGGCCCUGUUCCAGGUGCCCACGCUCCGCCGGAGAAGCUGCUGCCUGAUGGUGGUGAACUUCUCCCACAUGAUCUCCUACUACGGACUGGUCUUGGACCUGCAGAACCUGGGGAGUGACAUCUUCCUCCUCCAGGUCCUCUUCGGAGCCGUGGACUUCCUGGGCCGGGCCACCAACAACUGCUUGCUCAGGUUCUUUGGCCGCCGCGUGGUCCUGGCCAGCUCCCAGACCAUAGGUGGCCUCUCCAUCCUGGCCAACAUGCUGGUCCCACGAGACCUGCGGGCCCUGCGCGUCACCUUCGCCGUCCUGGGAAAGGGGUGCUUUGGCGUGUGCUUGACCUGCUUCUCCGUCUACAAGUCUGAAGUCUUCCCAACCUCACUACGGGUGAUGGCAGAUGGCUUCCUGCAGUCAGUAGGUCGGCUGGGGGCUGUGAUGGGCCCCCUGAUCAUGAUGACCCGCCAGGCCCUGCCCCUGCUGCCCCCUGUCUCCUGUGGUGUCAUCCUUGUCGCCUCCAGCCUUGUCCUGCCCUUCCUCCCGGAGACGCGGGGACUUCCACUACCUGACACCAUCCAGGACCUGGAGAACCAGAGAUCGGCAGCAGCCAAGGACAACCAGCAAGAGGUGGUCAUCACAGAAAGCACCUGGUUCUAG